AUGACUAUUUGGAGCUUAUGGAAGAGUCGAAACUUGCUACUCUGGGAAGACAACGACACUACUCUAACUCACACAGUCACUCGCGCCCAAGAAGUCCUUCAUGAAUGGAGUUGCGUCCAAAAAGCCAAACAUCCGGAGCACCAUGUCGAGCAGCCCCCUGCCUGGGAAAAGCCUCCUCACGGCACAAUCAAGUGCAAUGUUGACACAACCCUCUUCAAUGGUAAUUUGGUAAUGUGUUAUGGUUUAUGCUUCCGUGAAUCUUCUGGAAACCUUCUCUUCGGUAAGUCAGAUUUCAAACUUUUGUCGGCCACUGUUUUGGAAGCUGAAGCUAUAGGUCUCUUGGAAUCUCUCAAAAUGGCCAUCUCCAAAGACCUCUGCCAUGUUGCAUUCGAAACAAAUAGUAAGCUCUUGGUUGAUCUACCAGGAAACACCAAUCUUCCUAUUAAUGAAAUUGGUGAUUUAGUUUCAUAA